AUGAAGAAUCCAUGCUCUUCUUGUGAGAAGCUUGGUAUUAAGUGCGAAGUUGUGCAAAAAGACUUAAGGAGAAAUAGACAUACUGUGGCUUACGUGUCUGCUCUGGAAACCCAUAUAGGAAGGUUAGAAAGUGCAUUAAAGCUAAUCAAGGAUACAAAGGACUUAGAUGCCAGGGAAAAAAUAUUAAACUCUUUAGAAAUUGAAGAUGUAGCAGGCUCAUACUUGGAAAGCCCUAUGUUGGGUAGUAGCAUACCAACCCAGAAGGAAGAUGACUCUAGAUCUUUGCCGUUACCGCGAAUUCCUCUUUCUUCUAUGCCAUUAUUAAAUGAUAAACCAACUAGACCAUCAGAAAGUUCCCCUGAAACGAUUGUGCGCAUUGAGACACCUAAUGUAAAAAUAAAAUCAUCAGUAGGGUCAAGUAGUAUUUAUCCUUCUAAUUCCUUAUCUAUUAGUAAGAAUGUUAAGAGCACAACUGAAGAAUCUUAUUUUCAAGUAAAAUUGAAAAAUUUAGCUAGAAGUCCAUUAAUUCUACGCUCUCUUUCAUUAUUUUUUAAAUGGCUAUAUCCUAGUCAUUUUAUGUUUAUACACAGAGAAACAUUUUUAAGUGCCUUCUUUGGUGAUACUUCAACAAAAUCGUAUUAUUGUUCAGAAGAACUAGUAUUUGCUAUUGCAGCUUUGGGUGCAGUACUUAGUGAUAAAUCAAGCGAUUUAUACGAAUCAGCAGAUUCUUAUUAUGAAAGAUCAAAAACAAUUGUUUUGAAGAAAUUAUUUCAACUUGGUGAUAAUUCUUUACCAGAGUCGACUUCCUCAUCAAAAUUAGCUAUCAUUCAAACUUUGCUUUGUUUGGCAUUUUAUGAUAUAGGCAACGGUGAUAAUCCAACCGCAUGGUAUUUAUCAGGUUUAGCAUUUAGAAUGGUAUAUGAAAUUGGCUUACAUUUAGAUCCAAAAGCAUGGAGUAAUGUCUAUGAAGACGAAUUAUCUAAGAUUGAUUUUGAAGUAAGAAGCAGGAUUUAUUGGGGAUGCUAUAUAGCAGAUCAUUUGAUUGCAAUUCUAUUUGGUAGAUCAACUUCACUACGUUUAUCGAAUUCUACAGUACCAGAGACUGAUGAACUUCCAGAGAUUGAGUCGGGCAUUGAAGAUUAUGUCUUUAAUCCCAAGGUUAUUCUGUCACCUGCAAAUCCUUUAAAAAAAUUGAUUGUUUUAUCAAGAUUAACUGAAGUUUUUGCUAGGAAAAUCUUCACUCAAACAGAUGAAAUGGUGGAUAGACAAGAAUAUCUAUCAAGGUUUAACUCAGAAGCUACAAAUUGGAGAAAAGAUGUCCCAAAAGAGUUCCGUUGGUCAAAAUAUACAUUAAUUAACAUGAAAGAAUUCAAUCCAACUACUGCAUAUGUCUGGUAUCAUUUUUACAUCAUCUUGAUAUCAUAUAAUAAACCAUUUUUAGAAGAAACUAAAGAAAGUAGACAUCUAAUUGAGGAAUAUAUUGAAGAAUUGUAUCUAUUAUUAAGAUUAUGGGAGAAAAACUAUCAUACAUUUGAAAGAUGUAAUUUAUAUAUGGUUUAUUCAACAAUUUUAUCCAUUCAAUGUAUGAAAACGGAGUUCAUAAAAAAAGAUUAUAUGUCAUAUUUUCUACAAUUUCUGGAAAGCUCUACACUUCAUUAUGAUUUAGGCAAGAAAUUUGUUGAUAAUGAGAAGACCACCGAAACUGCAGAUUUAUUUGGUACAUUAUCACAUGGUAAUGAUUUUGCACUAGAAUAUAAUUUUGAUUUUACAUUAUUAAAUGAAAUUGAUAAUUUAAUUGGAGGUAAUGACAAUCUCUUACAUUAG